AAAAAGUGGCGGGUUUUAUAUUUAAGCCAUAAUGUCUGAUUUGAACGAAAAAAUUCGACACUUGGGUCAGUUAAGAGAAACACAACAAUUACAAGAAUUAAUAAAAAGUACAGAUACUGCUGAUUUAAUUAAUUUGGUGAAAGAGAAAAUAAAGACGUCCAACUUUGAGUACACAUGGAAUUACUUGCUGCAAGCAUUCACUAAUACUUCUUCAUCACAUCAGAAACGAUUCGAAACAACUCUGGAAUUAUUAAAACAGCUGCAAAACAAUAACAUAUCUUCUUCCUUGUCUGACACUGUGAUUAAUAAAUUACGUAUUGAACUCAACAAAUUUAAAUCAGAACAUAUUGCUGAAUUAUGCAAUUACUGUCUAAAUUGGAUUCAAUCAACCACUUCCACAAAUUUUAUUUGGAAAGAAUUAUUACCAGAAUUACUUAAUAUAAUUAUAGAAAGAGAUUUAUUUGAGUUUGAGGGAGAGGAGCAUAUUGGACCAGAGUUUAAAAGCAACUUCAUAAAUACAUUAUGCCAGCUUGUUUGGUCACCUUCUGUUGUUACUACAUUAACUUACAUGUUCAUAGAUACACCUUUGUCUAGAGAAGAACAUGAUCAAGUAGUAAACAAAUUAUGUUUAUAUUUAGAAAAACUGACACCACAAGAAAUACCAGCAUUUGCUUAUCAAAUUUUACGAUUGUGCAAAAAUACUAGUGUUCGUCUCUUCUUCUUAAGACUUCAGAACUACUUUGGCCUAAGAAUUUAUGACCAACACAGAGACUCUGAUAGUGAUCUUUCAGAGAUGGUGGAUGGCAUAGAAUCCACAAGUAAUCAAGAAUUAAUUGAAGCGGAAAGCACAGUACUGUAUCACAUUCACACAUCAGCAUCUUUAGAACAUGAGUGUAUUAAAAAUUACAUUAGUUCAUUGAAAAACCUGUUGAAAUCUCCUGAAUUUGUGCUACAUCCUUUUCAAUUAAUGUUAUUAUUUACAAUAGCUACUGUAACUCAUUAUGAAGAUCCAGUUUUUGAAAUUAUUAGGCCUUGUGUUGUUAAAUGUUAUCAAGAAGAAAUUAAAAAAAAUCAUUCAAGCUGGUUUAGAGAUAUGAUGUCAACAGAUUAUUGUGUUGAAGAUGUAUUUGCCAAAGUAAUACAUUUUAGUUUGAAUGACAGAGAUUUAACUCUACGGGCAUUGGUUAAUUUUGCUUUUGUGUUGUUGGGUAUUGGUUCAGCCUUGGGAAGAGAUAUUAUGGCUGAGAAACAAUGGACUUUGGGAAAUAUGAUACUUUUAAAAAUAAUCAAAAGGAAAAGACACAUUGCUCCGAAUAUUAUAGAGACUUUAAGCAAUCAUAUUGUUACAGGACACAAUGUAACACAAUAUAUUGAAUGUAUAUAUAUUUUAAGUAGAUCCUAUCCAUUACUCAUGAUUGAAAAUCAGAGAUGCAUAGUUGAAUUAAUGGAAGCACUAAUUCAAAUACCAGGGCAAACAGCAAAUCAUCUUCUUGAUGCUAUAAUUCCUCUAACAAAAGUAUCGCCAACAAUUCGAAACCAUUUGAUUAUGUUAUUAAGAAAAGCCUUAUUUUCCGGAAUUUUAGAAACUCGUCAAGUGGCCGUGCAUGGAUUCUUGAAACUGUUGACUAACUUGAAAAUUUCUAAUGUUGCAGUAUUAAGUCAGUCCUCUAAUUCUUCUAGUAGUUUUGCAUCAGGACAUUCACUUUUCACACAGUUAUCUUUAAGUCGCAGUUCGCAGGCAAACACUACCAGUAUGUUUAGCAAUGAGGCCUUGUGUCUUGAAGUUUUAAAUAUUUUGAAAAGGUGUUUUAUGCAACAGGCUGACGUUAAAAUUAAAUUGUAUGAUGGUUUGUAUAAUGCUGUAAAUUAUAACAUAGAACUGGGUGGUCCAGUACUUGAUAUACUGUGGAAUCAUUUCAAAGAGUUUUAUGUAACUGAUGAUGAACAUGUACCCCCAAUUAAAUUUGAUGCUGUCGCGUUAAUUAGAGACACUGAUGCUAUAUUACAAGAACCAUUAGGCAAAUUAAUUUACGUAAUCAGUCUUAUUGUGAAUAGAAUUGAUGAAUCCGAUGAAGAAACCGUGGAAGUAGAGAAAUUUAAAUCAGUUUUAGAGUCUUUGUGCAGAAGGAUGAUUCAAUGUGAAUUGGUUCACCUUGAAUUGGAUGAUGGAACCGACCUUUUGGACGUUUUACCACAUUGUCAGAAGAAAGUCUGCAUUUUGAAAGAAGCUAUGUGUGUUUAUGAAGCAUUGAUAGGAUAUAAGGUCUUGUCAUGGAAAGAUGAUUCUAAUAAGAAUAUAGCCCAGGAGAUAAAUAAUUUAUUCCAGGGAUACUUCAGACUGUUGCACUUUUCUAAGUCAUUGAUGAAACCUAAAAAGGAUGGUAGGAAAAAAAAGGGCGACGACAGCCGGUUUACACAGAAUACCACUGCUACGUCUUCUCAGAAAAAAGACAGUGCUCAGAAAGUCAAAAAUAUUAAAGUUCCUGAUACUAUUUUUGAUUACCAAGCCAUCAUUAAAUUAUUAAGAAUACUCAAUGAAUCAACACUGGAGUUGAUGGAUGGUGGAAAUGCAAAUGUAAUUAAAACCAAGAGGGAAAUUCAUCAGCAUGUUAUGCAAUCCUGCCUCUGUAUUGUGCAGAAUAUUAAACAUCACAAAAGCAUUGACACUAAUUACUUAAAAAUGCAAUAUGAAAGUUUAACGACUAUAGGAACAAUUCUAUACAGAAGAAUCGUGAAUCGUUUGUCCGAGUUCAUAGAUUUUGAUUGUACUACGGCCAUUUUAGCCAUGGAGUGUUUCCAGAAUAUUUUAAAUAUUGUUAGUCAAAAUAAAACAAAUUUUUCAAAUUUUCUAAAAAAAAUUAGUAACACAGAAGAAGGUGAGGAUUAUUUAAAAAUAAUUAUAGAGGUGUACCAAAAAUUAAUCAAAGAGGACGAAGACGAAUUAUCUAAUGAUCCUGAAAUUAAGAAAUUGUCUGGGUUGGUUCUGAAUACGUUGACUAUACUUUCACAACAAAUUCACUACAAAAAUGUGGCGCUUUGUAAUCAACUGCAUGAUUGGUUGAAGCAAUACGCCUACAACAACAAAGUUCCUCAUAAAGUUUCAACAGUAUUUACAAAUUUAUUAUUCAAUAGCCACAUUAAAACUAAGAUUAGUUUAACUUUAUUUGAAACUGUGUCUAUUUAUUUGGGAGAUGUGUUUGGAGUCAUUACAGAGGAGGCGCAUGAAUCUGAAAAAAUCGAAUUUAUUAAUGAAGGUACAGUGAACAAUGUAUUACUUUGUUUGUGCAAUUCUAUAAAAUCUGAACUGGAGGACAUUGAUUCAAUUAUAUCCAGAUUAAAAUCUGAGUAUAACAUAAUUACAUAUCCAGGAGAAGAGAAAGUUGAUAAAAAACGAGAAAAUUUGCAGAACAAGGAAAGAGGUGUGUGUUGUCAAUUAUGCUUUAUUGUUACAAUCUUGACAAAUUUAAGCAAUAUUUCACUCUCAGCCGGAAAUUUAGCAGAAUCAGUGUUUAAAAAUCUUAUGUCACUGUUUUGCACCCUUACUUCUCUAGCCAAAUACUUUACACUGCGAUCAACAAAACUGAAUGUAGCAUUUCAAGGAGCAAGAUUUGAGCGACUUGUUAAAUUGGCAGGAAAGCAGCUUGCUCCCGUCGUAUACAAAUUCAUCUUACACAUUGAAGAAAGUCAACAGCAAGCGGCUGAAGCCACCCAAGGCAAAAAGAAACAAGUAGACUCUUUGACAAUGAAAUCUAGAGUACUUCGUGAAACUCGAAUGAUACCAAAAGUUGUUUAUGAAAUGGAACAAUUUAGUAAAUGUGUGAUAAAACUAAGCAACAAAACAAAAGUAGACUUGUCUAAAUAUGUUGGACAAGGAACUGUUAGAGAUUUCAGGAUUUUAAAACUUAAGGAAGUUCUGGAACAGGCAGACAGUAGUUUUGUCACAACACAAGCCACUGAGAUGGACACAAGUCACAAUGACCUGGGAGAAGAGAAUGAAGAAUCAAGUGAUAAGGAAAAUGCAUCAGACUCUGAUUCUAAUCCUCCAGCAAUGAAGAAAACAAAAAAAUAAAUAUCAUUAUAAAAAUAUUUAUAUAAUAUUGAGUUAUUUUGACCAAAUAAAUUUUCUAUACCUAAA